CCGGGCUGUGGGCGCCGCGGGGCCGGAGGCUUCCCGUGCGCUCCGCCAGGAUGGCAUUAGCUCUGUGUCUGCAGGUGCUGGGCAGCCUGUGCGGCUGGCUGUUGCUCUAUACGUCUUUCUGCUGCCUGAAUAAGCACCGAAGCUAUGAGUGGAGCUGCCGGCUUGUGACCUUCACCCAUGGAGUCCUCUCCAUAGGCCUCUCUGCUUAUAUUGGCUUCAUUAACGGCCCUUGGCCCUUUACCCACCCAGGCUCACCCAACACACCUCUCCAAGUUCACGUGCUGUGUCUGACCUUGGGCUACUUCAUCUUUGAUCUGGGCUGGUGCAUCUACUUCCGGUCUGAGGGUGCCCUGAUGCUGGCUCACCACACCCUGAGCAUCCUGGGCAUCAUCAUGGCCUUGGUGCUGGGGGAGUCGGGCACCGAGGUCAACGCAGUCCUCUUUGGCAGCGAAAUCACCAACCCUUUGCUACAGAUGCGUUGGUUUCUCCGUGAAACAGGGCACUACCACAGUUUCACAGGCGACGUGGUGGACUUCCUCUUCGUGGCUCUGUUUACUGGUGUGAGGAUUGGGGUAGGGGCUCACCUCCUUUUCUGUGAAAUGGUCUCACCCACGCCCAAGUGGUUUGUGAAGGUUGGUGGAGUAGCCAUGUAUGCCGUGUCCUGGUGUUUCAUGUUUAGCAUCUGGCGUUUUGCGUGGAAGAAAAGCAUCAAGAAGUACCAUGCGUGGAGAAGCAGGCGGAGUGAGGAGCGGCAGCUAAAACACAAUGGGCAUCUCAAGACGCAUUAGCCGAGGCUUAAUUCCCAGGAUGGAUGGGGUUGAGUCAGCCAUGGAAACUGGGUCACACACAGGACUGUGAUGGAGCCAUGCUUAUAACACACUUAGGUUUACAAAAAAAAAGGGCUACGUUUAUUGAUCACUUUGAUCAGUGUUCCAGCCAGGCAAAUGUAGUAUUCACACUACUUUCUGCAGUGUGGAAAGUAAGUUAGGGAAGUUGUUCUAGAAGGCAACCUUAGGUCUUUUCUAUUGCUUGGGAACCUUGGUAUUCAGACAGCUUCGAAAGGAACUUGAAAAAGAUGAGUGCCCUCUCUUGUUCCUUUAGAAGACGCUCCUCUAACACACACUCAUCUCUGCUUUCUGUGGAGCAAUUUUCGUGUACCCUACGUGUUAUGAAAGGAGUGUGCUCUGGAGGAAGCAGGCCUUUGAUAUCAGAGUGCUCCGUCUAGAGGCUCCACGAAAGCAGGUCUGCUUGAACAAAGAGGAACAGAAGGAUGGGGGUGAAUCUGGCACUGGUAGGAGGUUGUCUACCACCUUAAAAAAACUUUUAUUUUUGUUUUUUAGGUAAACAGUAAAUUUAUUUGAAAGUGAAAGGAAAGUAGCUGCAGAAACUUCAUUAGGUGAGGGGGCUCCCAAAGAGGAGUCCCCCUUUUAAAUUUGGUUUUGAGACAAGCAUCUUUCUAUGGAGCCCAGGCUGGUCUUAAACUCAUGAUCAUUCUGUUUCAGUCUCUUAGGUGCUGGGAUUACAGGUGUGCUACACCAUGCCUGGCUCCUUUUAGUCUUCUUUCUAAUGAAUCUCCCCUAUACUCACUUGUAGUCUAGGGUCCCGAAGACCAUUUGCAGGCUCUAUGGUUUGCUAGGGGGACUCAGGGCUCAGCAGAUAAUCUUACAGUUUUGAAUUAUGACAGUGAGAAGAAAGAAAGAAAAAUCACCAAAGGGGAAAAGUCCAUGGGGCAGAGUGUAAGGCACCAGCUUCUAGAAUCCUUUCCCAUUUGGCUCAUACAGGAUGAGCUUAUGACUGUUAGAAAUGUUGCUUACCAGGGAACAUCAAUAAAGUCUCAGUGUAAGGCUUUUUUUGGCAGAGGUGGGGAGGGAACAGGUUCUUCCUGACACAUAGCAAAAAUCAUCGAUUCUCUAGAGCAAUAUAUGUGUUCGGCAUAAGCCAUAUUGUUGGGGCAGACCAUUUAGGCUCAGUGAACUAGAGUAAGUAGUGGUGAGAACCCUUCUGUAAUACCUACCCAGAUACCAGCCGCAGGCCAACCCUGUAAGCAAGGCUUUUCCAAGAAUGGCAGUACAGGCCAGCUACAUCAACUCUUUUGUGCACGAAACCCAUAGAACUAGUGCUUUUGACGCAAGAUGAAUGAGGUGCGGGUAGACUUACCGAGUCCUGUUGUACAGGUUCUGCCCGACCAGGAAAACUAUGCCAGUUCUCAGGGCUUUUGUGUAUUAAUCUCCUAGGCAUGAGAGGCCAUGACUAAAUUCCAUAGGGAUUUACCAUGUGGAUUCCACUGGGCUUGAGAUGGGAGUUCAUGUUUCAGCUGGGCUGUAGGUAUUGCAAACAAAAACCAAAGACAUUAAAUGCUGACACUGGCCUCAGAGAGAUGAGGCUAAUUCAUCCUUUCCUUCCUCCCUCCCUCCCUCCCUCAUCUUACCCUGUCUCCCUUUCUGUUGCACUUCAACUAUAUUCCUGUUUUAGCGCUUUCUUUGCUUUUCACUUUGUGUG